AUGCCGUACCUCGCCCGUAACGGUGUCCGAUUGUACUAUGAAGUCCACGGGAGCGGGCCUCCUCUUCUGCUGACCCACGGCUACUCAUCCACUUCUGCCAUGUGGGCCGGUCAAAUCGCCGCUCUCUCAAAGAGCUUCAGGCUUAUUCUCUGGGACAUGCGCGGGCAUGGGUCAUCUGACUAUCCUCCCGACCAAUCCAUGUACAGCGAAGCCCACACGGUCGAAGACAUGGCGGCAAUUCUCGACCAAGUCUGCGGUCGCGGCAGUAUUGCCAUUGUCGGUGGUCUCUCAUUGGGCGGAUAUAUGUCGCUGGCAUUCUAUCGCGUCUACCCCGAGAGAGUGCGUGCGCUGCUCAUCAUCGACACGGGCCCAGGUUUCAAGAAGGACGCUGCCCGUGAAGAGUGGAACAGGACAGCCCAUGCGACGGGGAAGAAAUUCGAAAGCGAAGGACUCGGCGUUUUGCAGGGUAUGAGUGCCGAGAGAGCCACUGUGAGCCACCGCGACGCGAAAGGGCUGGCGCUUGCCGCGCGCGGUAUGCUUGCACAAAGGGAUUCGAAAGUCAUUGAUUCGUUGCCAAAUGUCAAGGUGCCUAGUCUGGUGGUCGUGGGCGCCGAUGAUACUCCCUUUUUGGCGGCGAGUGAGUACAUGGCCAAGAAGAUACAUGGGGCGAGAAAAGUUGUCGUACCCAAUGCUGGCCAUGCUGUCAAUAUCGAUCAACCCGAGAAGUUCUUGGAGGCUGUAAUGCCUUUCCUAGAGGAGGUCAAACACAAUAAGAAGCCGAGGGCGUCGCUCUGA